GACUAACCAAAGGCAACCAACAAGUUAAAUGGGGAGAAUUCGGCUUACAAGCCCAACAAGGCAACUAUAUUUAUAACCACCAAAUUGAAGCGGCUCGCAAAGUAAUUAGUAAAUUCUUAAAAAAAUCCAAAGCCGGGCAAAUGAAAGCGAAUAUUUUCCCCCACUUAGGAAAAACCGGAAAAUCACUGGAAAGAAUGGGUUUACCUCAAGAUAUUUCUUAUCAGGCACUUACGGCAGCCAGUUAUAAAUUACCCGGAAAAUAUAAAGGAAGAGGAAUUAUCAAUGGUUAUUUUAGUUUCAAUAAUACUAUUCUUAAUUUAAGUAAGGAAAAUGGGGAAGUGUUGUGUCAAGUUAGUGCUGGUAGUCUCGGAGAACGCGGAACCCGAAAAGCCACAGCUGGAAUAGCCGAAAGAGUGGCUGAGGAAAUCAUUAAAAAGGCUAGUGAUUACGGAAUUAAAGAAAUCGAACUACAAGUGCGGAAUCCGGGUACCGGUCGCGACACGGUUAUUAAAAAAAUUCUCGAAGCCAAGUCGUUACAAGUUCGAAAAUUAACUGAUAAAACCCCGGUGGCUUUUAAUGGCACUCGACCCCGGAAAAGACCGCGUAAAUAA